UACACUGCAGAGUUAGUUUCAAGAUGCAGGCCGUCAGAUAGAGCAUGAUGCAACAAAAUUGACUAUAACGAUGUGUGGAGACGGGAAUCAACAAAACAAUAUCACUAAACAGUUAGAAGAAUCUCACACGACAACCACAUCUGACAAAGAAUUACAGACAAAGACGAAUUCUGGGCCACAGUGGUCGGACGUUGAGAAAAUGACCAAAGGUUUGGUUAACACCGUUCUGAAACAGUUUCUUCCAGCCAUGGUACGAACUACUUCCAGUGUUGGUCUGUCUGGUUCUUGUUACUCUAGCCUGUUGAAGCUAACUUUUGGUGUUCGACGUUUAAGAUCUUGGGCAAUUAGAAUGUUGGAUGCCUCAGGAAAGAUUACAGCUGGAAUUUUGGACGGGUCAUUCACAGAUUUUGGCUCCUAUGACCAAUGCCUCAAUGUCGUCGUUUCCAAUCGAAAAUCGAAGGGAAUAAGUUUCCGUGGAAAAUAUUGUUUCUUGCAGGUUCAUCCUGAAUUUCCUUCAGGAUCAAUUCCACCGGAUUCCAAGCUACAAGAAACGGCUUUUCGUGAGAUUUCGGAAAUCGCUAAAUAUCUGUCUGAAGUGGAUUAUCUUACAGCAUUGUGUGUACCCUCAACGUGUACUACUGAAGACAUCGAAAAACUUGCAAAAAAAGCCCUUCAAGAUGUGGUUCGAGUCUCAGUUCCUCACUGUGAAGAUAAAUCAGAAAAUGAGUUGACUAAAGAACAAAUCAGUGUUUUGUCCCUUCUUGGAACGAUCCUGUUACUUGUGGUCUUAGGAACAAUACUUGACCUUUGGAAACAUUACCACUCCGAUAAAGGUUUGAAAAGCAAAGAGGGAACUGUAUCUUGGCAAGGACAGGUUUUCAACAUUCUCAUCUCGUUUUCCAUUUUCACCAACGGAAAGGAGCUGCUUAACACAAAGAUUAGAUCAGGAAACCUCGGUGCUGUACAUGGAAUGCGGUUCUUGACUAUUUUAUGGGUCAUCUUGGCACAUACCUAUAUGUUUCCAAAUUUUAGUAUUUUCAAACGGCUUGUAGAUUUUCGAGAUGCACCAAAGAGCGUCAGUUUCCUGGCUGUGUGGAACUCGUGGUUGCAAGUAGACACUUUCUUCUUUCUCACGGGUUUAACGCUGACGUAUACAUCAAUGAAAAAACUCGCUGUAACAAAUGGUCGACUGGAUAUUGUAAGAUAUGUGGCACAUCGAUACUGGAGGUUGACCCCUCCGUUGAUGCUGGUCAUAUCACUGAUUUUUCUCCUUCCUUUGCUUUCUUCUGGACCGUUGUGGUACAAAGUUGUAGAGCCUCAAAUUCAAAAUUGUAGAGACACCUGGUGGGCAAACGCUUUGUAUGUCAGUAACUUUAUGGGAUUAUACAACGUUUGUUUCGGACCGACUUGGUACUUAGCAGCUGAUAUGCAGAUGUACCUGAUAUCUCCUAUUGUUCUUAUCGCCUUAUAUAGGUGGCCACGUAUAGGAAUUGGUCUCGCCGCCCUCGGAAUGUUAGUAUCAUGGGUCGUUAUCGCAGUAGUUACUGUGUGGAUGGACUUUCCUCCUUCUGUAGUAAUAUUUGACGCCAAAACAGUAAGGGAAAUGACCAGUUACGUUCAUUUUAUGGCAUAUAUUCAUUUGGGCCCUUACUGUAUUGGAAUCAUUUUGGGAUAUCUGCUGGAGAAACAUAAAAACGUGAAAAUGAAACCGAUUGUUGUGGUUCUUGGCUGGAUCGUUACUACGAUCUCGUGUUUAGCUGUUGUUUUUGGAGCUUAUGACUGGCAUAACGGGAUCAAACCAAACGUCUUUGUUACAAUUCUCUACAGUUCGGUUCAUAGAACUGUGUUUGCCUUGGGACUAGCUUGGAUAAUUUUUGCGUGCACCAGCGGUUAUGGAGGGCCUGUUAAUGCAUUCUUGGCAUGGAAACCAUUUGUAGUCCUUGGCAGGCUGACGUAUAUGAUCUACCUGGUUCAUUUCCUCGUGCUGCUCAUCAUUCUCGGUUCAGUAAGAGAAAAACAGUUUUUCAGCCACUUCGAACUU